AUGAGCAUUUCACCGUAUUCCUUGCUAAACUCGCACUCAUUCGGUUCGAAUAAUUGGUGUUUCAAAUUUCAACCAUUAGAUAAAGCAAAUGGCCUUCUACUCAGCUUAAGUAAUGGUGAGAUACAUUGUCUCGAUUUUGGAACAUGUCAAUCCAAACAAUCCAUUCGAGUAAGUAAUCUCUCAAUCAAUGAUCUAAAGAUACUAAACAGUGAUUUCCAUUGCGGGUCAUUAUUCAGUACAGCUACAGCAGAAUCAGUGAAAAUAUUCGACAUAAAUUCAAAUAAUGGUCCCAUUGCAACUUUGCAUAACGAUAAGAACGUACCUUUCCUCUCCUUGGAUUCAAGACAUGGUCUAUUGGCAAUGGGUACGGAAUUACAAGGUGUGGAUGCACAAAUUAAUAUAUACGACAUUAGAAAAUGGGAUACUCCAUUGCGUUCAUUGAUUGAUUCACACCAUGAUGAUGUUACUGCUCUUAAAUUCCAUCCAUCUGAUCCAACUGUCUUGUUAAGUGGGUCCACUGAUGGAUAUACUAACGUUUACGAUUUGACUCAACAAGAUGAAGAUGAUGCAUUGCAUCAAGUUAUGAAUUAUGCGUCUAUUCAUUCGUGUGGAUGGUUAUCACCAAAUAGAAUUUUCACACUGUCUCAUAUGGAAACGUUUGCCAUUCAUGAAUUGAAUGAUAAAUCUGAAGAAUUGAAAGAACCUCAACCUUUGGAUUUUGGUGACGUGAGAGAGAAGUGGGGGUGCGAUUAUGUCAUUGAUGUAUAUCCUGGUUACAUUGCUGCAGGUAAAUCACAAGAGGGGAAUGGGCAAUUGAAAUUGAUACCAACAAAUGGUGAAAAUAUAUCUGUUAAAGAUUCUGUUGUUAUCCCAUCAGCACAUGGUGAUGAAGUCAUUAGGGACGUUUUUAUUCCUCCUAGUCAUUCAGAAUUGGUGUAUUCUUGUGGAGAAGAUGGUUUUGUCAAUCUAUGGAAAAAUAAUAAUGGUGCUUUGAAUGUUCCAGAGCAAUUUUGGGAUUACUCUAAAAGAACAAUGCAUGUCUUGGAUGGAGACUUUUCUCUGGAGUCAGGAAAUGAAGUUGAAAAGAGUAAACUUGGAGUUGAAAAGAGAGAAAAGAGUAAAAAAUCAAAAAGUAAGAAAUCUAAGAAGAAGGAAAAGAAACAUUCCAAAUCGCAACGUUUCAAACCAUACUGA